UCAACAUCAAAUACUUAUCAAAACCAUAUUCAAAUAACAUCACCUGCCAAACCACAGUUGAGAAUAUACAAAAAGAGAAAACCACAUCAAACUAAAGCAUGCCAAACCAAACCAAGGGGAGAGAAUAUCUCUCUGCUUGUUUGGCUUUCAAGCUUUCAUUCUUUCCUCUUCUUUUCUUUCCUCUCUGAACUUCUUCCUCAUUAGGAAAACAAACCACCUCAAGGAAGGAAAACAGACCAAACCAUAUACCAAACAACUAUAUAUCCUUUAUUCCCACUUAUUCAACCUCUGGUUUAUCCUUCGAAUAUGGUUCAAAGAAAGGUUCCUGGCAAGCUUGGAAUCCAAGCUGAACAUGUUAAAUCAGACAAGAGGUUGGCAAAUAUGAAGCUAUCUUCAUCUCAGCACCAAGAUGGCAAAAGUAGAGGAGCUGAUAUGAAGAAGAAAAUCAGAAAAUCAAGGUCAAUAAACCUUUCUGAUCUUGAGGCUCUUCAAUCAUCAUCAUCAUCACCUUCAAGGAGAAGCUUGUCUCAACCAGGAAAGCCACCCCCUCUUCACACUCCAACCACUGCUGCAUCAGCAUCACCUCAGAAGCAGCAAUCUUUGUUCAGAACAACAGAUGUUUCACCCAAUUACAUGAAGCCAACAAGCAGUUCGCAUGCAAAAAAGGAACUUUUCCCGGUAAGCCACAGGAACUCUCAAUCUGGUUCUGAUUUUAAGAAUCUUCCGAGAAAAUUUUCUACUGAUUCCAAAGCUGCCUGUGCUAAAAAACCUGCCAAAGCCUUGGCAAGGUCGUCUAGUUUGAGUUUGGUCAGAACAUUGACAAAAACCACUACUUUCAAGGCUUCUAGAGCCUGUCCUAGAAAAUCCUCCAGGGCUGUUAUGUGUGCAGAUAUGACUGCACCACAGAGAGCCACUUGUUCUUCAACUUUGAAGGACUCAAAGUUCCCUUCGUACCUCAUGCUUAGCCCUGGGGCAACUGAGUCAGAGGGAACUUCAGCCAUGAAGGUUUGCCCUUACACGUAUUGUUCCCUUAAUGGUCAUCAUCAUGUUGAUUUGCCGCCAUUGAAGAGCUUCAUGUCAGCUAGGAGGCGCCUUCUGAAGACGCAGAAGCGCGCCAAGCUUGAAGCUCUCAGCCCUCGGAGACUGAAGGUUCCCCUUGAGACAGAUAAGAAGGACUCUGAUGUUGAGCAGAACGUUUUUGAGGAAAAACCUGCUUGCGAUGAAAUUGGCAUUGAUAUCUUCAUUGAAAUCUAUGCCAAUGAAAAGGAUGCAACACCAACAGGAGCAGAAGAAAUAGGGAGAAGAGAUUUUCUCAAAGAGAUUGAGGAUCAAGCAGAUAACAAGUCACCAAUUGAAGAUAAUGGCGUAGCAGCAAGAACCGUUGGUUUUCCUUCUCCCUCUGUACGUGAACUUGAUCUUGAGGAGGAUUUGAAAAAGCCCUUUGAUGACGUUGCAAUCGAAGUAGAUACCAACGGCAACUUUCUCCAAGAACAAAGUUCACAAGAUGCAGAUGAAGAUCACCAACCAACUGUCUGGUGUCAUGAAGAAAUGAGCAUGGGAAGCUACUGCAGCGAUGGGGAACAAGACAUGGGGGAUGUUGACAUGGAUGAUUCUGAUUCCAGAACCUAUGAAAUGGAGUGGAAGGAGGAGAUAUUUUGUGGAUUCGAUCACGAAGAGGAUGCUGAUUCUUCUGUUUACACAGAAGAGGACAACGACUCAAGAGUUGAGUCCUCAUCAGAGAGUUCUCAUGAUGUGUCAGUGACAUGGUUAGAUGACAUCCUUGGCAGCUACUAUGAGGACUUUCUGGUUGAUGAAACACACAAAAAGGCCAAUUCAGAAGAAAACACCCAUUUUGAAGAAUCUACUGGGAUUAGUUCCGUCCUUGAAGACACAAAUGGAAGCAUUGAAACCAAAGAAAUCGAGUACUCCUCCACGGGUUGUGACCAAUCUUCAUUUACAGAGGAAAUAUUUGAGUAUAUGACAAAUGCACUAGAUAAUAGUGGAGAAGAUGAGAAACAUGUGGAUGAUGAGGCCGGUUGCAACUCAAAGACACUUGAUGAACAGACAUUUGACAGCACUCAGAAUCAGAAGAUGAGUGAUACUAGCACAACUGACGAGACAAGUGAAGAUGGAUGUUCAAGCAGCCUAGAGAACAAUGAUGAGAGCAGUACAAUGGAGAGGGAAAUUGAGUUGGUGGAUGUGUCUGAGGAAUGUAACAUGACUGAUCAAGAUCAGUAUUUGUUGGAAAAAGACCAAGGUAAAGGUAGAAGGUUCCAAAGAACAAGUUGCAUAGAUAGUGAAGAUGAAAACACAAGCAAGAAUUGGAAAGGUUCAAUUAGGAGAAAGAGGGUUGUUGAAGAUGAUGACGAGAUGAGAAAGUUCAACCCCAAAGAGCCAAAUUUCCUGCCUUUGGUUCCUGAACCAGAAAAAGAAAAGGUUGACCUGAAGCAUCAAAUGAUGGAUGAGAGAAAGAAUUCGGAGGAAUGGAUGCUUGAUUGUGCACUCAGACAAGCUGUGACAAAACUUGCACCAGCUAGGAAGAAGAAGGUGGCACUGCUAGUUGAAGCCUUUGAAACGGUGAUGCCAGCACCCAAAUGUGAAAACCGUUUGAGAAACAAUUCAGCAUUUGGUCAUGCAGGAAGAAUUCAAGCUUGUAGCUGAUGGAUGUUGCUGAGUCUACAGUCAUGAAAGGUGAACCAAGAGAAAGUGUUAUCUUCUUGCACGGGAAGCAUAACCAAACCUCUGAGGAGAAAUAUGCCACUACACCAAGUAAAUUUGGCUGGCAUAUCCAACUUUCUGAAACGUGGAUAAACUCAGCUUCAAACAUCAAGGACUUGUAACAGUAAAACUAAGAGUGAAGCUUCAGAAAGGAAACUUGUGGUUGCUGUUUAGCCUUGUGGAUUUGCUUUACCAGAAUGUUUAGUGAAUUUUAAUCAUGUGUUGUUUACUUUGUUACAUAUGUUUGUACUUGAUGCACUAGUAUAUUUGUGUUGAUGAAGAUUAUCCAUGCCUCUGGACUCUGAUAACUAGUUUGUACAAUGCAGGACAGCUAAUCAUUACGUAAUUUUCUGUUUUCACUUUCA